AUGUCCAUAGUUGCAUUAAGCGGAGAUCAACACUCGAGUGUCAACCUCGACAUCCUCCACGAUAUCGCGGCCAAAAACAACUUCCGAAUAGCCAAAACGGACGAAGAGGCAUUCCUGCUAGCUUUACAAUCAGCGGAUGUGACGGCCGCGAACGUCGAUGUAUUGCCUGAUUACAUUGACCCGCGCCUCGCACCGGUCCCCACGGUCGGCGGCGCGCGGCAGUAUCGCAAAGCAAAACAGAACAGCCUCAACGCGUGGAGCCACGAGGCGGAACUCGUGGCCGCAAAUCCUACUUCAGAUGCUUUGAAAGGCCGCAAGAUCACGAUCAAGGACAACGUCGCGGUCGCAGGACUGCCGCACACGUGCGGGACCUUCCCCCAAUUCGUGUCCCACGAUCGUGGCAACAGGCAUCCGAUUGCUGUGAUCGAUGCAACGGUUACGCGUCGCGUGCUCGAAGCCGGUGUCGUCGUGGCAGGUACCUCGACAUGUGAGAACUACUGUCUGAUGCCGCUGUCCUACAGCAGCGUCAACGGCCCGGUGCACAACCCGUGGCUCCGAGGCUUCAACGCGGGUGGCAGCACGAGCGGUGGCGCGGCUCUUUUGGCACUGGGACCUGCGCGCGCUGCUGGCGUGCUAGGGCUAGAAAACGCCGGUGAGGAUAUCGAGCUCGCCAUUGGCGGGGACCAGGCUGGAAGCAUUCGCGUCCCUGCUGCAUAUUGCGGCGUGUAUGGCUUGAAGCCCACACAUGGCCUCGUCCCUUACACGGGAAUCGCAGGCCUGCACCCCAUGAUUGACUUCACGGGCCCGAUGGCGAGGAGCCUCGAGGAUAUCGCCACCUUGCUCACCGUGAUCGCUGGGUAUGAUGGUUUGGACGCGCGGAUGACCCCCGAAGCUCCUCUCAGGCAGAGUGUCCUAGACUACGGCAACGCGCUGAAAUCCAGUCAACAGCCGGGGAAGGGCUUGAGAGUUGCCAUCAUCAAAGAGUCACUCGACUCACCCGGCACGCAAGCGGACGUGGCAGAAGUCGUCCGCGCAGCAGCAGUCAAGCAUUUCGGGGCCAGUGGAGCAGAGGUUUCUACCAUUUCGCUGCCGAUGCAUCUGCUUGGCCCAGCUAUCUGGACCGCAGCGACGAGAAACCAUCUGGCUCGGUUGGCCGUUGGGGGACGCAUCCCGGAUAUACUCAGCCACAACAUCCCGCACUUGUCGUUGCGGUGGCCACCCGAUCAAGAAAUGUAUGAUCUCCUGCGCGUCGCGAACCCCGCGGUGAUCAACAUCAUCCUUACCGAGACUUUCCUGACGGAGAAAUAUGGGGCGGAGGUGCAGGCCAAGGCGCAUCGGCAUGUUCUACAGUUGAGGGCUGCUUACGACAAGGUAUUGGAAGAGUUUGAUGUGCUUGUCACCCCCACGACUCCAACCGUUGCACCGCCCCUGCCAGACCCGCGACUGGAGGAGGACGGGGGGAGUACCGUUAUGGAUAAAUUCAAGCUCGUCGUCGGCACUACGAAUCACACUGCACCAUUUAAUGUCACGGGCCAUCCGGCCUUGAGCGUGCCUUGCGGCUGGGCUCCUUCACGCGGCCACGAAGGCAUGUUGCCUGUGGGCAUGCAGAUCAUUGGGAAACGCUGGGAUGACAUUGGGGUAUUGAAAGCUGCACAGGCGUUUGAGCUUGGUGGUGGUGGCCUCGGAGAGUGGCCAGGACAACCAUCAAGCAUUUCUACCUAG